AUUUAUUGAGCUUUAGAACUUGCCAGCACCAAUUCCUCUGCAAAGAGACGGUGGUUGAUGUAGCAAGUUGCCGACCGUGGUGUACUUAAAGCGAUCGUGGAAGCCAUAUUAGCCUCACAGUCUGUUUGCUAGAAAACCUCUGAACCGACGCCGACUGUCCCAGAAAUUGCUUUAAAAAAAAAAAAUAUCGAGAGAAAAAAAAAAAGAAGUUAAAAUCUGAUUUGCUGGAGAGAUCGCACUCCCAUUCUCUCUCCGCAAUCAUUCACAUAUCGUACAGAAAGAGCGUGGAAGUGACCUCCCAUGGCGAUUUCCGACGCCAAGAGCUUCUCCGGGCUCGGAUAGCGUCUGUUUCCCAAUGCUGGUGUUUUUGAGUAGGGGAAGUGCCUCAAGAAGUGGAGUGCGUUCCAAGAAGUGUAAAAUUGGAGCUUUCUUUGAAUUCGUACAGGAGAUGGAGUUGCGGAAGUGGGGUGGGUUCCAAGAAGUGAGCUUGUGUUCUUCGUUUUAGAAGCUAGGGUUUAGAGAUGAAGCUUUCCACCGCCGGGUUGGGGCAGCAGGCGCAAGAAGGAGCAGAGAAGAGAUGCUUAAAUUCGGAGCUCUGGCAUGCCUGCGCCGGCCCGCUUGUUUGCUUACCGACGCUCGGCACUCGAGUUGUCUACUUCCCACAGGGUCACAGCGAGCAGGUUGCUGUAUCGACAAACAAGGAGGUCGAGGGCCAAAUCCCCAAUUAUCCAAACUUGCCUCCACAACUGAUUUGCCAACUACACGAUGUUACAAUGCAUGCAGAUGUUGAAACGGAUGAGGUAUACGCUCAGAUGACCUUGCAGCCUUUAAACCCGCAAGAAAUGAAUGAUGCUUACCUUCCUGCUGAGAUGGGUAUUAUAAGCAAGCAGCCAACGAAUUAUUUCUGCAAGACUUUGACUGCGAGCGAUACCAGUACUCAUGGAGGGUUUUCUGUUCCUCGUCGUGCAGCUGAGAAAGUUUUUCCUCCUCUUGAUUUCUCACAGCAGCCACCAGCUCAGGAGCUUGUUGCUCGGGAUCUCCAUGAUGUUGAGUGGAAGUUCAGGCAUAUUUUCCGAGGCCAACCCAAAAGACAUCUUCUUACCACGGGGUGGAGUGUGUUUAUUAGUGCCAAGAGACUUGUUGCUGGAGACUCGGUUCUUUUUAUAUGGAAUGAAAAGAAUCAGCUGUUGUUGGGUAUCAGACGAGCAAGUCGACCACAAACUGUAAUGCCUUCAUCUGUUCUAUCAAGUGAUAGCAUGCACAUAGGACUUCUUGCUGCUGCGGCUCAUGCUGCUGCUACAAAUAGUCGGUUCACCAUUUUUUAUAACCCAAGGGCAAGUCCAUCUGAGUUUGUGAUACCACUUUCAAAAUAUGUUAAGGCUGUGUUUCACACUCGUGUAUCAGUUGGGAUGCGCUUUCGUAUGCUGUUUGAGACUGAGGAGUCGAGUGUCCGUAGGUACAUGGGAACGAUAACAGAAAUAAGUGAUUUGGACCCUUUACGUUGGCCAAAUUCUCACUGGAGAUCAGUUAAGGUUGGUUGGGAUGAAUCAACGGCAGGUGAGAGACCACCUAGAGUUUCAUUAUGGGAAAUUGAGCCUUUAACAACCUUUCCCAUGUAUCCAUCUUUGUUUCCGCUCAGGCUUAAACGUCCUUGGUAUCCUGGAGUACCCUCUUUUCAUGAUGAGGGCAAUGCUUUGAUGUGGUUGAGAGGUAGUACUGGAGAACGAGGCCUUCCAUCGUUAAAUUUUCAGUCACCUGGUAUGGGCUCAUGGGUUCAACAGAGAAUGGAAUCUACACUGCUGGGGAAUGAUCAUGAUCAGUAUCAAGUGAUGACGGCUGCAGCUUUGCCAGGUACCAGAGGCAGUGAUUAUGUGAAUCAACAAUUUCUACACUUUCAGCAACCUUCUCAAUUGCCUCAACAGUCCUACAGUACCAGCCCAUCAUCGCAGCAGCAAAUUAUCCAGCGAGCAUUUCAGCAACAGAUAAUCUGUCCUCAGUCGCAAAAUAUUUCAGAGAACCUAACACAUAAUGUUCUACAUCAGCAACUGCAGCAAUCAAUCAGUAACCAGAAGCAGGUUCAACAUACACAAACUUACCCAGAAUUGUACCAGAUACCUGGGACUCAUGUGCAGCAAGAGCAGUCACCUCUGCCAUCGCAGUUGCGCGAAAAAUUAGAAUUUCCUGAUUCAAGUGUGAACUUCUCAACAGUCAUGACAUCUGGCUGUGUUCAGAGUAUGUUAGGCUCUGCUUACCCAGAAGGAAGUUCAAAUAUUUUGGAUGUAGCAAGACUUGGUCAACCAAUGAUGAGCGAGCAGAAUCAGCAAACAUGGGAACCAAAAUUUACGAUGUCACAGUCCACUACUUUUGGCAACACGAUAUUGCUUCCAUCAUUCCCUGGGAAGGGUGGUUCUAUGGGAACUGAAAAUAGUUCUUUAGAUAUGCAGAACCACACCCUGUUUGGUGUUAAUAUAGAUUCUUCCUCCCUCCUCUCUCAUGCGGUGCCUAGUCUACGCCCAAUUUCUAUUACCAACGAUAUAUCUACAAUGACAUAUGCUUCCUCAAGUCUUCAAAAUUCUAUUUAUGGUGGCCUGAAAGAGUCAUCUGCUGUGCUGCAAAAUGCAGAAGAGGCUGAUCCAACAACCAAAACUUUUGUCAAGGUAUACAAGUCAGGAUCAGUAGGGAGAUCACUGGAUAUCACACGGUUCAACAGCUAUGGUGAACUACGUGAGGAGCUGGGUCAGAUGUUUGGUAUAGAGGGUCAGUUGGAAGACCCUCUGAGAUCAGGCUGGCAGCUUGUGUUUGUCGACAGGGAGAAUGACGUGCUUCUCCUUGGAGACGACCCAUGGGAGUCAUUUGUGAACAAUGUGUGGUAUAUCAAGAUACUUUCGCCUGAGGAUGUGCAGGAGAUGGGGAAGCCGGCAAUUGAGCCCCGUUAAUCAUCUCAAAUUGAAAGAAAACAAAAAUGGCAUGUUACAGCUGCGCACAUAUUUUGGAGGAUCUGCUUUAUUAUUAAUGAAACAGCCUGGACUUUGUAGCUGUCAUGUUUUGCAGGUUCAUCUGAAUAUGUGAAACACAUCCUCCGAGCAGGCUAUCAACAUCAUGAGUCUUGCAUGCCAUCGAGCAGGGGGCAGUCGGUUGAAUCUUGAAGUCUAGUUUUGUAAUAUAUGGAUAUGAUGCAGCACCUGUUGUUAGAACUCCAUUGUUCUGCUCUCGCAAUCAGUUUCUGCAGUAUUAAUCUCUUGAAAUAUUUGCUGUGCUUAGUUGUGCUCAGUGACCAUUAAUAUUCUCGUCUCAUUUCUUGUAUUAACUGCCCAUAACCAGUAACGACCUUGUAGGUUCUAGUGUUUUGGAUAUUCAGUUUUUUGUGCUCCAGAGAAAUCCUUCCUCAGAAUAUGAGAGUGUGUCUAGGAGUUGAGCU